CACCACCUUCACAUCCGUCCCCCGUCCGAGCCCACUUCUAACGCAAUCGAGCUACCCGAAGUGCUGUCUUGGACUAGUUGCCCCGUUCAUGCAGUGGCGUCAGCAGAGAUGCCUCGGGGUAGAAUGAAACCGGUAGGCGCGCUGGGCUGGGUUAAACCAUCUAUGUAUCGCGACUUCCUAUGUCGAAUACCGUAGUUGUGUUGUUUCAGACAUCGCGAUAGCUAGACAGGGAAAGGAGUUGGUAGAAGGAUUCGCUGACGCCUACACCGUUCAACUCUGCAAGCCAUCAACAAGGGCCACAGCACGGAGCGCGUCGUGGAUACAAUUAGUGGGUCAAGAAGCGAGAGUGAUAAGAGUGGACCUCGUCAAUACAAGUUGCUGCUCCUCUUCGACAUCUUUGCGACGUUUCCUCGGCCAGCACAUUGAACCGCCACCAUGGUGAUCAAAUCCCGGUACUCGUUCCCUAUACCCCAGGUUUCCUUACCGACGUAUAUCUUCGACUCACCCAACGUCGAACUACCGAAGGAACCAUUCUACCUUUCGGCAAGCGAACCUGAAAAGUACAACAUCUCGUUACACGACCUUCGUCUCUAUGCGAAACGCUUUGCUUCAGGUCUGCGGCGCGCAGGUCUCCAACCGGGAGACCGCGUGCUGCUCUACUCGGGGAACACGCUCUUCUUCCCAGCAGUAGUGAUGGGUAUCGUCAUGGCAGAGGGUGUCUUUACCGGCGCAAACCCGACUUACAUUGCCCGAGAGCUAGCAUACCAAUUGAAAGACAGCGGGGCGCGCUUCAUGAUAUGCGCAGAGGGCAGUUUGGACACAGGAGUCGCAGCUGCGAAAGAGAUUGGCAUGGGUUCUGAGCGCAUCUUUGUCUUUGACGAUGGUAUUGCCACCUUUGAGGGCCGCAAAGUGGAGAAGAGUAUGGAACUCGGAAAUGUUCGCCACUGGACUGAACUCCUCGAUACGCCAGAACGCGGCGAUGCAUACUCUUGGCCAGACCUGAAAACACCAGAAGAGCUCGAUCGCAUAGUUGCGCUCAACUAUUCCUCAGGAACAACUGGUGUUGCAAAGGGCGUCAUGAUAACGCACAGGAACUACGUCGCAAACUGCAGCCAACAGAUCCACAUCCAAACCACCAGUCCCGACUACUAUGAGAAGCUAAAGACGAAGAAAUACCUUUGCUUCCUGCCCAUGUACCAUGCUAUGGCGCAAGCCAUCUUCUGUUUCGGUGCGGUGAAACAACGCGUACCCGUCUACAUGAUGCCCAAAUUCGACUUUGUCGAGAUGCUACAGAAUGUACAAAAGUACCGCAUCACCGACAUGGUCCUGGUACCUCCGGUCAUCGUAGCCAUGGCAAAGCACCCAGCAACGAAAAAAUUCGAUUUGAGCUCCGUGACGGGCGUGUCCUCCGGCGCUGCCCCACUCGGUCGGGAAGUGAUUGAGGAAUUCGAGCGGCUAUGGCCGAAUGGUCAAGUCAAUGUCAAGCAGGGCUACGGCAUGACGGAAGUGACUUGCGCAGCAACCACAUUCCCCCCGUCUGCCUACUCGUCCAGCUUUUCUGUUGGCGAAGUACUAGCAAAUUGUGAAGCAAAGAUCGUUGUAGAUGACGACGGCAAGGUCGAAGCGCCACAAGGCGAGCGAGGCGAGAUCUGGGUUCGCGGACCCAACAUUAUGAAGGGGUACUGGAACAAGCCCGAUGCGACCAAGGAGACUCUAACGGAAGAUGGGUGGUUGAAGACGGGAGACGUGGCAUACGUGGAUGGGCAGAACCACUUCUUCAUAGUUGAUAGGAAGAAGGAAUUGAUCAAGGUCAAGGGUCUACAGGUUGCACCGGCGGAGUUGGAGGCGUUGUUGCUGGACCACCCAGAUGUGCAGGAUGCUGCUGUUAUUGGCAUCAAAGCGUAAGUUGGCCCGCGUUUUCUACAGUCUGUAUCAACUGCUAACUUUGUCAGUAAUGGCGAUGAACUGCCUCGCG